GCGGCGCGGCCUGGGCCCGGGCGGUGCCCGCGGGUCCCGCGGCCGCAUGAGCCGCGUGCGGGGGGCGCUGUGCCGGGCCUGCCUCGCGCUGGCCGCGGCCCUGGCCGCGCUGCUGCUGCUGCCGCUGCCGCUGCCGCUGCCGCUGCCGCUGCCCCGCAUGCCGGUGCCGGCCCCCGCCCCGGCCCCCGCCCCGGCCCCGGCUCCGACUCCGGGCCCCGGCCGGCGGGCGUCCCCCGCCCGACCCGCCACCGCCCCCCGCCUGCGGCCGGACGACGUCUUCAUCGCUGUCAAGACCACCCAGAAGAACCACGGGCCACGACUGGGGCUGCUACUGAGCACCUGGAUCUCUCGGGCCCGCAAACAGACAUUCAUCUUCACGGACGGGGAUGACCCUGAGCUCCAGCUCCAGGGAGGCAGCCACAUAAUCAAUACCAACUGCUCAGCCGUGCACACUCGCCAGGCGCUGUGCUGCAAGAUGUCUGUGGAAUACGACACGUUCAUCGAGUCGAGACGCAAGUGGUUCUGCCAUGUGGAUGAUGACAAUUAUGUGAACCCCAAAGGCCUGCUCCGGCUGCUAUCCACCUUCUCGCCCAGUCAGGAUGUCUACCUGGGGCGGCCCAGCCUGGACCACCCCAUCGAGGCCGCUGAGAGAGUCCAGGGAGGGGGCACUGUGACCACUGUCAAGUUUUGGUUCGCCACGGGUGGGGCCGGGUUCUGCCUGAGCAGAGGCCUCGCGCUGAAGAUGAGCCCCUGGGCCAGUCUGGGCAGCUUCAUGAGCACAGCCGAGCGGGUGCGGCUGCCGGAUGACUGCACAGUGGGCUACAUCGUGGAGGGGCUGCUGGGCGCCCGCCUGCUGCCUAGCUCGCUCUUCCAUUCCCACUUGGAGAACCUGCAGAGGCUGCCGCCUGACGCCGUGCUGCAGCAGGUCACCUUGAGCUACGGGGGUCCAGAGAACCCACAUAACGUGGUGAAUGUGGCCGGAGGCUUCAGCCUGCAGCAGGACCCCACACGGUUCAAGUCUGUCCAUUGCCUUCUCUACCCGGACACGGAGUGGUGUCCUGUGCACAAGCAGAGUGACCUCGUCUCCCGGUGA